CGUUGUCAAAGUUAUCGUUGCAUUGUUUUAUUCAUGGACACGUAAAGUAACAUGUCUUCAAUAACCUAUAUGAUACCUAGCGAGAACAGGGAGCAGCUUGCCGCAGCAGGGGUCCUCGAUUCUCUUAGCUACGGAACCAAGCUCCCCAUUGCCCCAGGUCGUCCUCAUCUGCAGAGGUCUCACUCGCAUUCUAUCGCUCACUCCUCACCACCCUCUCCAAGUCCUCAUGGUCGCCCAUAUGGGUCUGGAUUUCUACCAUCCUUGAACCACGAUCGGUUCGGAACAUCGCCACAUGGAUCCAAGUCCCUAGGUCCAGCGGCUGCGUCAAAGUACUUUGGCACAAGCUCUCCUAGCUCAUUCCAACGGCCAUCUCCGCCCAAUUUCGCGAGCUUUGGUCAUUCCUCCUCAUAUCAGGGAGAGAGCGGAAGUCUUCCGCGUCAUCUACAGCACUCCAGCUCAAGCAGCCAUACCAGCCAUAGCUCGGGGCACUAUAAUGACAGUGGGCACCACGCGCACCCUCAGGGGGUCCCUCACCAUCAUCAUCGCCAGCACUCAGAGCAUGCCCACUCUCAGCAGGAGAUGUCCUCAUCCCUACCUUCCCACUUUCAUAUGCACCCUUCGCAAUCAAGACCUGCACGUUGGGAAUCCCAGAGCUCCAGCAGUCGCCAGACACAUGCCAGCAGUUUGAGCCCCAAAACCGAGUCUAUGGAUACCACAAUGUCCUCGUCUUUGCCUUCACUGCCUUCAUUGGGAUCCAGUCACCCGUCUCCACGUGGUAGCCAGCCGGCGAUGUCCUACACGCACCACAGCAGCAGCGGCACGCCCCCACUCCCUCAGUCUCCUUCGCAUCCUCAGGCGCCCCAUCACCGCCACCAGCAGUCGCAGGAGUUUGGGCGGUCGCCUUUGUCACACCAGAGCUAUGAUCAGGGACACGGGCAUGGACACGGACACGGACACAGUCAAGGUCAUGGACAAGGACAUGGACACGGACAUCAGCCUCACCACCAGCAUUCGCGCUCCAGUGGAAGCCCUGGGCCAUAUUCGCAAUCCUUCCCCAACUACUCUCCUAUGCACCAUCAUGCCGCGUCGCCCUCUCCAUCUCAUCCACAGUCACCUCACUCUGGCCACCACCACCAUUAUUCGUCUUCGCCCUCGUCCUCAUCCUCGUACUUCCCAUCCCAUCUCCCAGCUUCACCUCAUUACCCCUCGUCCUCGUCCUCGUCGCAGCAUCAGCAACCAUCACACCAUGGGUCUCCUUCACCGAUGGAGGAGCGCCGGUUCCAUUCGGCACCUAUUCCUGUGCGACACCGAUCCUAAGAUGCUCUUUGAUUGCCGCCAUUUUUUUUUAUUUUUUGAUAUAGACAUGCCUCCAUCCUUCCAUCAUCCUAUACAUAGACAUUGUUUUCUUUUUUGGGACCCUAAACCAGUGUGGUUUCCUUUGCAGCCU